GGCCCUUCCCCAGCCUGUCCUUGGUUCCUCCCCGCCCUCCUUUACAGCAUGUUCCGCUUUGUCCGAAAUCUCCAGUGCGUCCAAGGCAAACUCCGAGUUAUCCAAGGCUGCCAGCUAUUUGCAAAGAACUCGCUCCCGGCCGCUGCUGCUGCAGUCAGUAAGAGGAUGGCAAGUUCUGACGGAUACAGAAUAGAGUAUGAUACCUUUGGUGAACUGAAGGUGCCAAAUGAUCGAUAUUAUGGAGCCCAAACAGUGAGAUCAGUGAUGAAUUUUAAAAUUGGAGGGACUUCUGAGAGAAUGCCAAUCCAAGUGAUAAAAGCAUUUGGGAUUUUGAAAAGAGCUGCCGCAGAAGUGAAUAUGGACUAUGGCUUGGACCCAAAGAUUGCACAUGGUAUUAUGAAAGCAGCAGAUGAGGUGAUUGCUGGAAAACUGGAUGAUCACUUCCCUCUGGUCGUAUGGCAGACUGGCUCUGGAACGCAAACUAAUAUGAAUGUAAAUGAAGUUAUCAGCAACAGGGCAAUUGAGAUUCUUGGAGGUAAACUGGGCAGUAAAGAUCCCGUCCAUCCCAAUGACCAUGUGAACAAGAGCCAGAGUUCCAAUGAUACAUUCCCAACUGCCAUGCAUAUUGCUGCUGCAAAGGAGGUUCAUGAGGUACUCCUGCCCGGUUUGCAGAAGCUCCAUGAUGCCCUUGACGCUAAGGCCAAGGAAUUUGCAGACAUUAUCAAGAUUGGCCGUACACAUACACAAGAUGCAGUACCUCUGUCUUUAGGGCAGGAAUUUAGUGGCUACGUACAGCAGAUAAAAUAUAGCAUGGAACGGAUUAAGGCUGCAAUGCCAAGGAUAUAUCAAUUAGCGGCUGGUGGAACUGCCGUGGGAACUGGAUUGAACACGCGGAUAGGAUUUGCAGAGAAGGUGGCUGCCAAAGUUUCAGAAUUCACAGGUUUACCGUUUGUCACUGCGCCCAAUAAGUUUGAAGCACUUGCUGCACACGACGCUUUGGUCGAACUGAGUGGUGCCAUGAACGUUGUUGCCUGCAGUUUGAUGAAGGUGGCCAAUGAUAUUCGUUUUCUGGGAUCUGGACCUCGCUCUGGUUUGGGGGAGCUUAUUCUGCCUGAGAACGAACCAGGGAGCAGCAUCAUGCCUGGUAAGGUGAACCCUACUCAAUGUGAAGCUGUUACCAUGGUAGCUGCGCAGGUCAUGGGAAAUCACGUCGCUGUCACUGUUGGUGGAAGUAACGGCCACUUUGAGUUGAAUGUGUUUAAGCCCAUGAUGAUUAAAAAUGUGCUGAAUUCAGCACAAUUGAUUGGAGAUUCCUGUGUCUCCUUCACAGACAAUUGUGUGGUUGGAAUUGAGGCCAACACUGAAAGGAUUAACAAGUUAAUGAAUGAGUCACUAAUGCUGGUGACAGCACUUAACCCACAUAUCGGUUAUGAUAAAGCAGCGAAGAUCGCCAAGGCAGCCCACAAGGAAGGCACAACGUUAAAAGAAAUGGCAGUCAAGUUAGGAUUCCUUACAGCAGAAGAGUUUGAAAAGUGGGUUAAACCACAGGAAAUGCUGGGCCCUAAGUAAUUUUUACCAUUCUUUCGGCUCCAAAUGUUACAUAAUACUGGGAAAUAAACAUUUUGCAAAACUUCUAAUUGCUAUUCUCCUGUGCAAUCUUUGUAAUUUAGCAUAGAAAAUAUUAUAGUGAGUGUGCUAUUUUAGAAAUGAAUGCAUGGUAAAGAGCAGAAACAGAACUUGAAAUAUUCAAUACUUUGACUUAUGUAGUAAAUGCUGCUAAUUGAAGAAGUCCAUUUGGGGCUGGGUCUUCUACCUCGUGAACUGCAUUUCAUAACAGCCAACUUGUCCAAUGCCUGCAGAAAAUAUGAUGAACACUGCUUCUGAAAUUACUUUCACGGUCUACAAGGGAACUGAAUUUUUGUACCAGAUUUCAACCCCUGAGUUACUCUUACCAAGCUAAUAAUGCAUACUUCUAACUUGACAAGAAUCUGCAAGAUUCACAAAUAACAAAGAGAUAUGGUUCUGCUGUGCCCAAUUCACCAGCUUGCCAAAAUUUUGUUUAAGCCAUCCAAAGUCAGCAAAUGAAAGUAGUUUGGCGUUUCUCUUUGGAUCUGCAUACUAGUGGCCUAAUUGUGAAAGCUGGACAAGUGGUGUCACACUUGUGGUCUUAGCGGAUGCGUUGUGAGGGAGGUGGGGAAGUACAGGCAGAAUUGAACAUCCCAUGUAGUUGCUUUUUUCAUUCCUAUAACUGUUCCAAUAGGUAUUGUAUUUCCUCUAUUUUUUAAAAACCAAAGAUGAUGAUGAUCAUUAUGUGCCAUGUCAUAUGAUAUGUGUCAUCAUGGUCUUUGACCAUGACUGUUCUUGGCAAAUUUUUCUGCAGAAGUGGUUUGCCAUUAUCCAUCCUAUUCACAGAUUGCCUGCCGUCAGUGGUCGCAUAUGAUGUGGACCAGGUGGUCAUACUAGCAUCUACCAUCUGCUCCCAUGGCUUCACGUGACUCUGGUCAGGGGUGGGGGGCUAAGCUGGUGCUACACCUUCCCCCAGGGUAAGCUGCAGGCUAGCAGAGGGAAGGAGCGCCUUAUAACCCCUUUGGUAGAGAAGUAUCUCAAAAAACAACUAAAUUUCUGAUGUUUUUUCCCUUUCGCCUGGGGAUAAUAUGAAGAGACAGUAACCAUCACAAACUAUGCUUAUAAAAUAAACACCAUCUUGAAAUCAUAUUCUAUGGAACAAGGCUUUUGAACCCAGUGGCAUUCAAACAGCUGUCUGAUACCUGUCCAGUAAGUUCCAUUCCUUACUCAUCCCCCACCUUUGGGAAUCCAUCAAUCAAUUAAUCCUUGCUCUCUUGCCACGACGUUUCCAGUGAUUUUUGAUCGCUUUUGCCCUAUCCCUUACAAAUUACACUGAUUUCUGAUGGUUGCUAUCCUGCUCUGCUCUCUCUUUCCCUGCCUAACUUCAUGUUUGCAUUCUCAACAUCACAGCAACGACACAUUGUGACUUUUAUUUGGCUGCCACAUCAGAAUAUUUUUAGCAAUCUCACAUAUUCACUCUAAACUUGGGAUGCCAAAUUACAUAAUGGUUCGGAAUACCGUAUAAUGUUCCUUAGCGUCUGGCUUGACCUGUUUGUUUAUCACAGUCUAGCAUUGUUCUAUUCGUCCAUAUUCCAUGGACUUUGCAGCCUCUAUUGUUCUGUGAGGUGAUUAUUUUAUAUCCUAAAUAAUGGAGAAUUGCUCAACCAAGUGUGAUGUGAAAUACCAGGACCUAGGAGAUAUACUACAAAUAAUGUAACUUAUGGAUGAAAACUAGGUGCAUUCAUUAAAAUAAUUUUUUCUUUGACUAUUCGAAGUAACUGUCAAAUAUAUUUUCUGGAAAUGUAACUAGGUAAGAGAUACAAACACCUAAACAAUGUAAUCAUUAUUUGCAAACAAUGUGAUAGCUAUGAUCUGUUAUAUUUUGAGAAAUAAAGUCAAAUAAAUGAC